AUGUUGAAUGGGGGAGCCUCUUCCUCCCCGGCCUUGGGUGGAUUUAAUCAUGAGGAAUUUAAUUCUGCGUGGGAUCUCAAGCAGGCCCUUUUCGGACUUACCGAUCGACAUACCAGCGUCUUGACGUGUUUACCCCAUCGCGAACGCAUCGCGGCGCCACGCAUGUCGCUCUUCCCUGAGUGGGCCAAAAAGGUGCUUUUUGUUGAUAGCAAAUGGGUGGAGGAGUUUGAUAAGUUUCGGCAGGGAGAGGGAGGGGAGGGAAACGCGAUUGGCAAAUCUCCCUCGGCGGACUCAACACCCGCCGCGGUGCCGCUCACCUCGGGAUUUAUAAGUGAAGGAAAUAAUUUACCCCCCGCGAAGGCGAUUUCCACCCCACAAUUGCCCUCUCUCUCGGGUGAGGGGCCAUCAAAGGACGAGAAGAACCUCACCGAGGCCGGUGGUAGAGGCAUUUUGGGCUUCUCGACGUCCCCCGCCUCGUUUCCUCCGCUUUACGCGGAUGUUUUAGGCCGCCCGAAGAUUGUGCGGUGUUUGCUCUACAACUUCCUUGCCGACCCGACCUACUGGCGCGAUGGCAUGGAUGAGCUCCUCCUUCUCGCGGCGGAAAAGGUGCGGACGCUCGGCGGGGAAUCCGACGAUGGCGGGGCGGGCUUUGAGGCGAAUCGAUGGGCCUCCGAGCACCUACUUCGACCCCUGGAGUCGGUUGUAUUUUACUCGCCGUGGAUGCGCGAGGUGCUUUGGCGGGUACUAGAUCUCAAUUCCAAGUCGUUUGUGGGGCCAAUUUCUGUGUGGUAUGCCUUUGUGAUGGCGCACCGGCAGGAUGCCGCGCUUUUGCGCUCGCCGCACCAGCCGCCCUUCAGCUUUUCAGAGGUAAAGCCCAUGUUAACGCCUCACGACUUGGAUUACUGCCGGUUCGAUCUUUUUCAGACCGAUUCGACGCUGCCCUCCAGGGAGUUCAAGGAGGAAGCAAAGCCGCAAGAGCUCCCACGCGGCGGGCCUCUGGAUGCGCUAACGGAGGCGGAAUGGAAGGGGAUGACCGAAACCCAACAAAUCAAGUUGUUAUUUGGCAAGGACGCAGUUUCUGAGCUCGCGGCCGCCACCAUGACAAUUCUGAAAGGUAAUUUUCCCGAGGAUGGGGAUAUUUUUAUUUGUAAUCCGCCUUCAACGGACCUGCGGAUAGGUGGUGAAGGGGGUGCGGGUUCCAAUUCCGAUCCUUCCUCCGAUUGCUCAAUCCCGCCGCCAAGCAUGGAGGCGGGGGGGGAUCUCGCACCCCAAACGAUGACAAGUGAAGCGAUGCUUGAGCAGCGACGACAGGAGGCGCUGCGUUCGUAUGGUUACGAGCUGGAUCAGUUUUUGUUGGGGAUUAUUGAGUGCACACCCAACUUCGCCCUGACGAAAUACGCUGCGGCGCUACCCCAAAAUCCAGCGCCACGUUAUGAAGAGCCGCAGCGGAAGGCCGCGGCGCUUCGCGCACGGAAAGGCUACACUCCACGCGAUCAAUACUACUCCAAUGGCCUCUUUCGCAACGCAAAAAAUGGCGAAGUGGAGGAUGUUCACCUCAUGGAGUUGUGGAACGCAUUUCAAGACGCCGAUAUUAACACGCUUUUGGAUCAUUGGGUGCAUGUUCGAAACCGGCUGCCUAUCGUUCAGCGGGAGAUUCGCGCGGAGAUGGCAGCGCAAGCGGCGUUUAUGCUCCUUUUUUUCUCCACCGACGAGGUACGCGCGGUGACGAACCCGAAGGAUACCUAUUAUCGGCUAUGGGGACAACACCGGGAGCUUGUGGAGUUAUUAAUGCCUGCUGGGGGAAAAGUCGCUUCGCGAUUCGUAUCCCAUGCGGAGAAAUCGUCACUCGGUGCUUCAACCACCGCCACGGAGGUGAAGGAUGAAUCUCCGUGGGUGCCGUUUCCAUCAUUUGAAUCACUUCCUUUAAAUGAAAAGGUCUCCUAUGCAUGUUUUGGCUGCGACCAUCUCCCAACUACAAUCAACAACAACAAUUCACCACAGGGCGACCUCAUACAAUGCCCCAAAGACGCGAUCGAAAAGCCAGAUCCUUUUACGUUGUUUAGUGCCUAUUGCACCGUCAUGAACCCCGCCCACGUGACGUUUCUUUACAAUGACGAUAAUGCGCUCGAACGCAUCCCCAUACGAGAUCUAACUCCGGCGCAGAGGGAGGUGGCUUAUCAAUCUCUGAUGCCAUUACAAAAGCUUGCGAUUUACUACUGCUUCUCGCGAUCACUAGAGAAAAUGAUGAAUGUGGAGCGACUCCGGACCUUACGGCUCGCAAACACCGGGGUUAAUUCGCCCACGGGAGUGGAAAUCGCGCAUGAGGAAAUCAGCACCACACACCAUGAUGAAAAUGAGCUUACCGGUUUGACAAAGCGCGGUGGGGGGAGCGGUGCCGAAGCGAAAUUAUCAGGGAACCACAAUGGCGAGAAGGAAUUUGGGAUGACUGUCGAGCAGCGAGAUGCAAACCCAAUCCCAAGGGCAAUGUCUUCACUCAGGGUAGACGAUGUCCACGAAGGCAAUGAGGGGCUAGGGCUUGGGAUUAAAACAACAUUUUUCGACAAAAGUGCCACCCACACGGUUCAGAAAACCACUGAAAAUGACAGCAGCUGUCAUUCCGGGCCCUCUGUGGCUAUCCCAACAUCGGCUCUAACAGACAUGCUUAUUGCUCUGACCAACAGCAUCUAUGAAGCCAAAUUGGGGGAUCAAUUACAGCAAAUAGCAAACACUCUUGUGCAGCUUGUCGUGGAGGGUUUGAAGGUGAAUGCAUCUAAAAUGGCGAGACCCCGCUCGCCUUCCCUGAAUAAACGUGGCGACAAUGCCGCCUCUUCACAAAUUCGGAAAAAAGGGCGACCUAAAAAGAACAAAGUGUGA